AUGGGCUUUUAAUAGUGAUCACAGAUGUAUCAAAGCAGCACAAAUGGAGCUUCAUCUGAAACCCUGACAGGCUGCGGCAGUGAACACAGGAUCACUAGUUAUUCACAAAUGUAAUUUAAUACUCUUUACUUGUUACUCUUUUCAAAAGUAAUUAGUUACAUUACUAGUUAUUACUUUUCUGCAACUCUCCACAUAAAUGGUAAUCGUGUCCUUUCUCCCCAAAAGCCAGACUUACUUUCUCUUAAAAUCAAAGUAAUGGGAAUAUUUCCAGCUGCUGAAUGUAAGCAUUUCCGUCUUCCAAACUAGUUUCCUCCACGACUACAAAAAUGAAUCCAAGGAUGUGAUUAGAUUGUUGGAUUUCAAAUCAGUAGAGGGUGACAGCAAAUGUAUUUUUUGGAGGGUGUAACUGAUAUUACUACUGAAAUGAAAAUGUAUUACUAAAUGACUAAACUCCACGAAUAUGCAAAUUUUGUUGCUUUCUAAAGUUUUCCUGCUGGACACAAGAUGUCUCCUACUUCACUGGAAAGUCCAUUCUCAGUGGAUGUCCACUGGUGGAUUCAAGUUUCUAUGUCCCACUUGUAUAAAUUGCAUACUGGACCAGGAUGGACAUCCAGACUAUUUGUGAUGUAACAAAUCAUUAAAUCAUGCUGGUAGGCCCCGCACCUUAAAAUCAAAUGAUCCAUGAGCACAGAGAAACUUUCCACUGUCAACAGAUGAAUGUGAAAACAUCCUUCUAGUGUCAAACUGCACAGACAUCAAUGAAACAUCACACUGUAGGAACAAGAAAAACCUUAGAGACUCACUGUCUAAAGAUAUAGUUACUCUAGAUGGCAUUACCUUGGCUUCUAGCACCACUGUCAGGAAUCUUGGAGUUAUCUUUGAUCAGGAUUUGUCAUUUAACUCCCACAUAAAGCAGACCUCUAGGACUGCCUUCUUUCAUUUACGUAAUAUUAGAAAAAUUAGACACAUACUAUCACAGACAGAUGCAGAAAAACUAAUCCAUGCAUUUGUUACUUCAAGGCUGGAUUACUACAACUCUUUAUUAUCAGGUUGCCCCAAUAAGUCCAUUAAAACGCUCCAAUUAAUUCAGAUCGCUGCAGCACGAGUACUGACAGGAACUAGAAAAAGAGAUCACAUCUCUCCUGUACUAGCUUCUCUGCAUUGGCUCCCUGUAAAAUGUAGAAUAGAAUUUAAAAUCCUCCCUCUCACCUAUAAAGCUCUUCAUGGUCAGGCCCCUUCAUAUCUUAAAGAGCUCAUAGUACCCUAUUACCCCACUAGAACACUACGUUCUCUGAAUGCUGGGCUACUUGUGGUUCCCAUAGUCUCUAAAAGUAGAACAGGAGCCAGAGCCUUCAGUUACCAAGCUCCUCUCCUGUGGAACCAGCUUCCAGUUGUGGUUCGGGAAGCAGACACCCUCACCACAUUUAAGAGUAGGCUUAAGACAUUCCUCUUUGAUAAAGCUUAUAGUUAGGGCUGGAUCAGGUGAGUCCUGAACCAUCCCUUAGUUAUGCUGCUAUAGGCCUAGACUAUCGGGGGAUUUCCCAUGGUGCACUAAGCUCCUCUCUUCCGCUCUCUCUCUUUCUGCACUCAUUCAUGUCCCAUUAAUGCAUGUUACUAACUUCACUUCUUCCCCGGAGUUCUUGUGCUUUCUCGUCUUGCAGGUUCUUAUCGAUCCUGGUGGAGCCUCCUGCCAUGGUCCUGCUAGAUUGCCAUUGCCAAUACUGUUGUUGCUGUGCACCUGUCUGUGUCUGUCUCUGUCUCUCUCUCUCUCUCUCUCCCCAACUGGUCGAGACAGACGACCACCCACCUAGAGCCGGAGGAUCUGUCCUAGGUUUCUGCCUUUUAACAGGCAGUUUUUCCAUGCCCUUGUCACCAAGUGCUUGCUCAUGGUGGUACUGUUGGGUCUCUGUAAAUAAUGUUAUAAAGAGUUUGGCCUAGACCUGCUCUAUUUGAAAAGUGUCCUGAGAUAACUUCUGUUAUGAAUUGGCGCUAUACAAAUAAAAUUGAAUUGAAAUUGAAUUGAACUGAUUUAUGAGUAGAGGGGGACUUUAAGAUUGCUUAUGUAAUAAUUAGAUGGGUACAAGCAUGGCCAUAGGGAGAGGGAAGGGAGUGAGGUUGGCAAGGCCUUUGAGUUACGCAAUGAUUUCAUUUAAUGUGCUCCCUGAGGAUAAGUUGGGCCAUGCAUAAUACUCAGCAUGAUACAUAUUAUUUAAACGAUGACCUUUUUAUUAAUUACCAGCUUAUUCUGGCCUACUUUUCAAAUCCGCUUCAACCAGGCCGGAAGCUCUCAGGGCGCACAGGUUGAAAUGAUUACAUUAUUAUAUAAAUCUCCAGAGGAUGCUACAAGUUAAAUGGAUUACCCUUUUUUUUAAACUGUUUAUUUUAUUUUCAUGUAGCAUUUGACUCUUAAUUGUCCAGAACAGUAGUCACUUACCUUAGUAAGUUUCCCAGACACAGGUAUUCCAACAAUAAACAUGUAUAUUGUACUUUUGCUCACCCACCCUAAAAAAAAAGCUUGUCCUCAGGUAGACGAGGCAGCAGGCCCCAAACUAAUUAACACUAAUUAACAGUUGUCACGUGACAACUUCCUAGCGUCAAAGACGGACCUGGUAUCUCUGGGUUCAAAACCGUAUUUGCAAAAAAAAAAAACACAUAGCCUAAAGUAUAAGGAGAUGAAAAAUCAGUGUGUAAAAUGUUCUUUACUUUCUUUCAUGUUCGCCCUCAUGGCUCCGCACUGUUGCUGUUUCUCGACCGUCCUGAUGAAGAGGACACCCGAGCAGCUCGCCCUGCCCAGAGUCACCUGCUCUGCCCGGAGGAUAAGAGCUGUGUUUGACCCGCUAGUCAAAAGUAACAUACAUGUUCAAGACGUGUCAGGGGCCACAAUCCCAGUGCCCCAGUCUGAUGGGUCCUGUGGAGUGAGACUGGGCAGAGAGAAAAACCGCAGCCUGUCUGUCUUCAGCAGAUAUGACAGCUGCUAUUCACAGAUUAAGGGAAGCAAAGUAGUCAUAUCUCUGCAGGUACAGCUGACGGGAGAGGACCGAUGGUUCCGGGUAAAUAUCAGCUGUCCUCUGAUAAAGAGAGCCAGCGAGAGGACUCAACUUAUUCCAACACCAUUACCUGGAAACUGUGACAUAGAAAGAGCUCUACGAGUGGACUGUGGCCACCAAAGCAUUUCCAAUGAGGGCUGCUCCAAACUGGGAUGCUGCUACGAUGCUCGUGAUUCAACCUGCUACUACAGACUCAAUGCCUGCUCUCUGGAUGGACACUUUGUGUUCUCAGUAAAGGCUACAGACACAGACUCGCCCAUCGAUCCCGGGAACCUCAUAGUUAAGGGUCAGCCACAGUGUUUCCCUGUGGUCACCACCCCAGACACGGCUGUUUUCAAGAUUGCAGUCAUGGAGUGUGGUGCAAAGAUGAAGGUAGAUGGAGAUGUGAUGAUCUAUGAGGUGGAAGUGGAGGAGCUGCAUACUAAAAGUAUCACCAAUAAUUCACCAUUUAGUCUCCAGGUCCAGUGUGAAUAUGAGUCGUCAGAUUUAAAGCGAGCAGCAAAUUUGCGGUCCUUGUUUCCAGUGACCAACCCACCGCCUGUGGUUGCACAAGGAGCCUUCAGAGUGCAGAUGAGGAUAGCCAGAGAUGCAUCCUUCACAUCCUUCUUUCCUGAGGACCAGCUUCCUGUGAACUUUCCCCUGCGUAAAGCUGUGUAUGUGGAGAUCUCCAUCGCCCAGCCGCCCCCAGACCCUACGCUUUCCCUGCGUGUACGGGAUUGCUUUGCAUACCCUGCGUCUAGACACUCUGUGUGGACGCUUCUCUAUGACGGAUGUCCCAACCCUCUGGAUAGCAUGAGGAGCUCUUUCCCUGUGGACAACCAAGGGAAGACCACCUCCCACUCCCAAGUCAGGAGGUUUGAUGUCAAGACCUUUGCCUUCUUGGACCCUCAUACAGGCCAUCCAAGUGUAGAGGAAAUGUACUUCUACUGUUGGGUGGAGAUCUGCACCAACCAUGUUGACUGUGCACAGCGUUGCGCCAUCAUUUCAUCUGAGGGUGACAGACAGAGAAGACAGGCAACGUCACAGUCCGACCAGGUCCAGCUGGUCUCUUUAGGGCCACUGCUGCUGGGACAGAACAACACUGAACUAGAGGACAACCUGUGUGUGAAACAGAACACUAUGUUUCAGGUGACUGUAUAUAUGCUCUCGGGUGUUGGUUCUGCCCUGCUAUUGAUCCUGCUGUUCACUACAUGGUCAAAUAUCAGGAAGUGGCAGAAGUCAAAAGCACAGCAAGCUCGUGGUGCACAGGUUGACGGUGAACAAUCUCAAUAA